AUGUACGACGUGUACGUUUCACUCGGAUCGAAACACCGGUCAGGUGGGGGAUCUGAAAAGGCCGAAAUGAUACGUGCUGUGGAGGCUUAUCGCCACCCACUGUACCAAUUGUCGGCUGAUUUGACGACCCUCACGCACGAUGUGGCAUUACUCAAACUUGAGACACCAUCCAAGAUUCAGCCAGCGCGUCUGGCUUCUGCAGAUGGAUCUGACAACAAGCCUGGUAUGAUGGCUACGACCCUCGGCUGGGGCCUGGUGAACAACGAGACUGACAGCGAGACCCUCCAAGCAGUGGAUGUCGAGAUCAUUACGAACAAGAAAUGUGCCAAAAUGUACGCGGACGCUGGCGAAGAAUCGACUGUGGAUGAUUCGGUUAUUUGCGCUGGUCACGGGAACGGAAAGGACUCCUGCAGUGGCGACUCUGGUGGGCCUCUUCUUGUGCGCAAUGUGGUCGUAGGGGUUGUGAGUAGUGGCCCUGAUGUGUGUGGUGUAUUGCCUGGAGCAUACGCUCGCGUAUCGAAUGCUAUAGGAUUCCUUAGCGAUAUUCAAAACGGUGGAUCCACUGGAGAUAUCACGGAGCUGCUGACCGCUGGAAGAACCGAUGUCAUUGACGCUGUUUAUGCAGAGAUGCAAGAUAGAGCGAACCAGCAAUCGGAGUGA